AUGGUCAGUUAUACUUAUACGAAAUCCGGAGCUGAAAUUGAUGAAUAUGGCAAGGUUUCACAAGAGAAUGACUGGCUUAAGAGAAAUCUGGAGACAAUUACAAAUAACCCAGAUAAUACUUUUAACGAGGAACAAGUGCAACGAGCCAAGACGAUGCUUAGUACCUUGAAGGUAAAUAUACUCGCUAUUACUAGGCAGGAUACUAUCUAG